AUGUUUCGGGACCUCGUUCGUUCCAUCAUCGAUUAUGAGGCGAACACUAACCCCACGGCAUCUCUGAAUCUGUUGGAAACACUGAAACGGGAGAUUCGAAAAGAUCUGACGUCCGCAUUCGAGUUGGCAGAACCCCUCAUCGAGAAAUAUCCCGAUCUCUACGACCGCAGUUCGACGUUUUUCGAAUUCCUGACCACGUGUAGCGGCUGGUCGCCUUGUUUCGCACAAAGGGCCCCUCCUCGGGAGAACCAGACGCAAUGCUCCAAGCGGGAAUGCGAGGACGAAAAAAAAUAUUCGAAGGAUGACGGAGAAAGACUGCGAAGAGAAAUCGAUUCGUUGACGAAAUGUCGCGAGGAAGAGGCGGCGGGACUACCACAAGAACCCUUGCCUCCUUCUACGGCGAAAAAUUACUUGGAAUACUGCGUCGAAGAAGUCGAGGACACCGAAAAAAUGCAUGCGCGAUUGAAAGACUCGGAAUUCGAACUGCGAGAAACGCAAAGAAAACACGACGAACUGGAACUGAAACUCGAAAGGAUGCGGAAAGAGAAACGAAACGACGAGUUAGAAAUAACCAGACUCACGAAGGAGUCAAAUGAUUCGAAACGCGCAAAAGAAGAAUGCGAGACGGAAUCGAGGCAUUUGAAAUCUCGCAACGCCGAUUUGGAACGGCAGAGGAACGAGUCGUCGAAGCAACUCGAGGAUUUUCAGGCGAAACUCCGUCAAGUGGAGAAGCGACUGCGAGAAGUCACGGAGGAACGAGACGAAUACGAAACGCGCUCGAGUUACGAAAAGGAAAAAAUCCGCGAUUCAAAGGAGGAAGAUUCGAAGCGAUGGUCGUUGUUGCGAAGCGAUUACGAAGAACUCAAGACUAAGAACUUCGCACUCGAAAAGGAGAACCACUCGUAUCGCGACUCGUGGAGGGAGCUAUCGGAACAGAAGAAGGAAUUAGAACGGAUGCUCGAGAACCAGAGCAGAGAAAUCGGUACGCUCCGAGCACAAAACGAGACGUUCGUUAAACUGCGGACGGAAUUAAACCGAAAAACGGCCGAACUGGAAGCGCUGGAAAAUGAACGACGGGACGCCGAAAAGAAAUCGAAGGAAUUUCUCGGCCGAUUCAGGACCCUCGAACGCGAGCUGGAGAACGAAAGGAAAACGAUUGAAAACCUGAAUCGUCGAUUGAGCGAAAUGCGAGACGAAAAGAGCGGUUUUUUGCUGGAAUUAGAGGAAAAAAAUCAGAGAGAGAUUAACGAACUCGAGAAUGCGUUCAAAGAACGAAAGGCUUCGCUCUUGAAGACAAAUCAGAAUCUCUCGCAGUCCUUACGCGACGAAAAAUCGAAAGCGAAUCACUUUCGUAAGAUGUUGAAGGAAAUGACGCAAACAAAUCUCGAUCUGCAAGACAAGGAGAAAAAGACCCUUACGAAAUUCAGCCAAGAAAUAAAAGAUGCUCGUACGAGAUUCGAAGAAUGCGAAGGAGAAAAGAAAAAAUUGGAAACCCUGCUUCCGGACCUGAAUCGAGAGAUCCAACGCUUAACCGAAUCAAAUACCGAGCUAGAACGUUUAAAGAAACAGAUUGAAACGAAAUUCGAAGAGCUGAAAACGGACUGCGAUAACGAGAUCGAAGCGUUGAAAAAGCAAAUCGAGCGUUUGAUGCAGAAAAACGAAAAUCUAGACCGCGAACUUCAGGAAACGAACGUUAGAGUGGAAGAACUCAAUGCGGAAUCGAACCGAUGGAAAGGAGACUACGAAGAAGUUCGACAAAAAUACGUCGCCGACGCUACAAGGUACGAAAUACAACACGACGAAUGGGUGAGGGACAUGACGCUGUUAAAGAAUAAGUCGGACGAAUCGACGCGUCUCAUGCAGCAGUUGCGAUCGGAAAACGAAGAAUUGCGUUUCCACUUACGGAAUGAGAAUCCGGAUUCAGAAAUGCGAAGGGUGAAGGAAGAAAAUUCGAAAGUCUUAGAUGUCCUCCAACGGGGCUUGAACGAAGCCGAAUCGCAACUCGAAAUCAUCCAAGGUGAGAACACGCGGUUGUUGGUCUCUCUGAACGAAAACAUAGGUAAGCGUUUGAUGGCGGAGAAAGAAAUUGAGGGUCAUCUCAAGGAAACGAAACAGUUACGGGAAGAACUGACGAGACAGCAGCAAAAUGCCUCACGGAUGGCCGAAGAGUACGAAAAUAGCAUUCUGAAAUUAAAGCGAGAAAACGACGACGAAAGUAAAAAGAACGAGUGUCGAGAAACGGUCGGGAAAGAAAAAGUUACCCAAACUGAUCUUUUCAAUUUUUAUCACAACGAGUUAUCUUUGCAAGUGGAUGAAAAAUUGACGAAGUUAGUAACUUCCGCGGAAGAAAAGAGUAGGAGUACCGUAAAAGAAGAUAUUUCGAAGAGAUUGGCUUCCGUCUUAGAGAGAAUGAGGGAAGAUAUCGAAGAAACAUUUCGAUUUUUUUCGGAAGGUUUUAGCAUCGAUGAAGGCGAAUUCAACGAACUAGUCUAUACUUGGCUGCGAGAGGACAAGAGGGGAAAUAGGUUGGUCCAAACCACCCAGUUCACGUGUUCGGUUGAUUACUGCAUGCGGGAGAUUGAAAACCAGUCUAGUCUGGGAUGA